AUGUUGUCGUCUAAACGCCGAUCUUCGCGCCCUAGUGAUCCUUCUUCGGCUUCCCAGCAACGAAAAAGUGAUAUUCCCAUCCCAUCGUCUUCAUCCGCAACAAUCACCUCCUCGUCCUCGUCGCUGGCGACUCGCUCACCCCCACCGACAACGACGACCCUCCCCCAGGCGCACAUGCCCCCGCCUCCCGACCUACAGAUCAGCACAUCAAAUUCAUCAAAGGCAACGAUGAGCGACCCAAGCGAGCCCGCUGAGCGCAUCGCGCGCCCGACCUUUGAACCUGCUUGGAACGACGCCAGCCUCUACAAGGAGCUUUCCUCGUUCCAGUUUGGUGCCCCAGCGGUGCCAUCGUCGUCCUCGCCGCCCCCUUCACCCCCUACGGCAUCCAAGUCCACGCGCCCCGUCAAUUACGAUGACGACGAACUCGUGUCCCCUUUCACAGCGAAUGAUGUCACACCACGCCCUUCUGUGGCUUCUGCAGCUCCUCCAAAUCAAAGACACUCAUCUGUCCAGAACCAUUCUUACGGCGACGCGCCGUUGUACAAAACUAGCAGUCAUCCGUCGCAAACGUCGCCACCGCAUCGACACCGUUCCCGAUCACCCACACAGCGGAUACCAUCGCGCCCAGGACCUGUGUCGCCGUCUUCAUCAGCUUCAGCCUCUGUUUCUUCCCUCACCAGUGGUUCACCGGACGAAGAUCUCAACUCAUCGAGGAGUGCAGUCAAUCACGAUCGCGAUAUCGAGUUUAGUAGUGAAGAAGAGUACGAGUACGAUGAAGACGACGGGUACCACGAGAUUGAGGUGAGCUCAGCUUACUGGGAAGAUGGACAUGGGGAUCGUCCGGAUUCUUUCUACUACUUUGGUGGAGGUGGUAGUGCAGUGGGCAUGGGUUCAGGACUCAUCGCAGCGGACACGGGACGCCGGGGGAGUGUACCAAUGGCGAUACCUGGUACGUCCGACGCACCUGUGGCCGGGUCUAGUGCAGUAGGCGGACCGGCUAGUCGUGAUAGGGAAGGCAGUAUAGCAACUCUCCGACGGCCAAGUCGGAGUCUCGAGGAUCAGUUGAGAGGGUUUAGCUUCGGCGCCCCAGGUCGUGGAAGUAAUCAACCCGGCGCUAUUCCGCAAAGUGACCCUCUGACACGGGGUGAGUGGUCUGCGAUGGAGUCACGGCAAGAGCAGAUGCAGAGAAGUAGAGGAGGACCACUGGACACCACUGACGUGGCGACACCGACGCUGGCCUCAUCCUCGCAUGGAACUUCAAGUUCUAGCGCUACCGUGGCUGCUACUGGCGAUAUCACGAGUCUCGGCUUCGAUCUUGACUGGAGCAAUCUACGAGGCGGUAUCACUUCCCUCGAUGAUAGUGAUAUCGCCGGGCUAGUCGAUCCUAAGACCACAAUAGCGGCAGCGCGGCGACCUUCAGGCGGUCUUAUCCUUUCCUCGAUGUCCACCGGUAACACUUCACCGGGCCCUGGGAGUGCGGGUGCUGGUGGUCGUACUCGGAUGGGCUCGUGGUUCAGCAUGCUUUCCGGGCGACGGCAAAGUGAAGCCACUGUCUCAGACGACACUUUCCUGAGGAAUGUGCGCCAUUGGGAUUACACAUUUGGAUCGCGAAGACGAGAUUGGAGCUUUAGAAGGGAGAGGGGAUCUGUGAGUGGACCGUCUGGCGGUCAAGAGAGGACGGGUACCGGAAUAGGCGUGGAGAGGACGGAAAGUGCUACUAGUGGCGUUUUCGGAAGUAGUCAGAAGGUGAAUGUGGCUCACGAUCGAGGAAGUGGGGAGAAGGAUCGUGAUCGUGAUAAAGAAAGGGAGAGGGAUAGACGAAAAGCGCCAAAGGGCAUGGCGGUUGGAACGUCAGAGAUCUGGAGUAAUGAACUUGUGGGGCGCUUCAAGGUCGACCGCAGAGCUGCUAGGCGUGAGUUGAUCAUCCUCGUCUUUGUCCAUUGGUGUGAUUCUGAAUUCCCGUUUCACUUUCCUUUAGCAUUGGACUCUUCUAAACCACCACAGCAGCGAUUAAACUUCAUACAUUUCCAGGGAGCCUCCUCCCAGGUGCGGACUCUUCGGCCUGGUCCUCCAGUCACGGUACAUAAACACUCGAAAGCCAUUGCAUUCUCAAUUAGCCGACAACACGCAAAGCCAAGAGCACGCCCUCGCGAUGGUCCACAUCCUGGUCAACGAGUUAUACCCAGGGAAACAACUGCACCGAAAUCCAGCAUGAUCAUGCUCGCUCCCAAGCGGGUUCAAGAACAGUAUACGAACACAACUACGACACGGAGGUUAGAUACUCAUGGGCUGCUGGAAGAUCAUGUUGUUAGCAUCCGACGCGAAAAAGAACGGCGCGAACUCGAGCUCGAGAGGCGUCGGAAGGCAGAGUUAGAGCGUCAGAGGAAAGAGACAAGUACUUCCGGCUCGACAUCUUCUACUCGGAGCGACCGUAGCGUAAAUAGCUUGAGCAACGCCCGGGAACUGUAUCCAACCCCUCCCCCCGCAUCGGCCCCGUCCCUUCAUACUUACCCACCAACACCCCCUAACGAGAUACGCAAGCACGCCUCCUCCAGAAGUCUCAGAUCAGCAGCAGUUGCGGAGUCCUCCGUCGCAAGCACGAGUUCUACAACUGUAGUCACGACUCGAUCAACUUCUCGCCGCGUCCUCCGAGAUCCUUACGAUUUUGAUGACCCAGAUGAAGACGACCUCCCUACCCGCACGCCUCAUGCCGAAACUUACGCCACCAUUGAUCCCGCUCAGGUCGAACAGUUACGACAAAUUCAAAGCCGCUUUGACUCCGAACCACCAUCUCGAUCCCUAUUACGAAGACUCCUUCCUUUUGCUACUAGUAAUCUCAGUGGUUCCCCUUUGUCCGCUUCCAUCGACGGGAGCUUCAAGGCUCCGUGGAUGACUAUGGCACCCCGAGCCAAACAGGAAGAACAUGAGCGCGUGGUAGCCAAUUUGAAUGAAUCUUUCAUUGACGUGGGCUUGCUUCCAUCGCGGCCUGUCCACAAGGCGAAGUCGGCAGCUAAUACCCAGAAGCAGAAGCAAUUGAAGCAACGCCAGCACGCCGGAUCCGGGAGUAACAUCUUUGAAAAUGUGCCGCCGGAGUCCCUGUAUAUGCUUCUACCCCUUUGGCCCGGUGAGACCGAUCCCGUCUCGGAAAAGCUGCCCAACGAACCCAGGAAACCGGAGAUACCCAUGGAAAGGCGAUUAUACUUGCUUGUGUAUUACGUGGCCGACGAAGUGAACCGGAAGGACCAUGAGUCCAAGUCCAAAGUAGACAAUGACUCUCGUGGCCAAAGAAAGCCUCGCUCGCCCACUUCCUCGGUCGACUCUCCUAGGCGUCCGGAUGAUCGAAGCAUUUUGUUGUCUGCAUUCCAUGUUAGCGCACGGCUCGUGGGAUACGAAGAAUUGCUUGGUUCUGGGAUGCGCGUGCCCGAAGAAGGAUUGAGCGUUACUGGACCGAUGUCCGAGGCUCUGAAGUCAAUUCCGUCUCGGUCAAUGAGGGACGAGAAUCAAGCAGAUUUCAUGAUAGGGAUGUGCCAAUCUCGCGACGCAGGCGUUGAAUUUAUCCAGGAAGGUUUGGUCAAGAUGGGGCUAUGCCUCGUCGUCUCGCCUGCGCCCCGCAACCCAGCUAUCCUUUUGGACGAAACAGAGGAGAUGGAGGAACCAGACGUCGUCCUGAGCCCGAUAGGUCGAGCGGUGGUUGAAAUGGCCUGGGUGGGAUGCAUGGCACUAACAAGCUUCGGGCCAACGGUAUGA